GAAUCUUGUGGGCCGUUGGAUGGGGCUGCUCGCGGUCGGCUUUGCGGCUCCGCGGAAGAAGGGAAAAGUGACACGACCAUUCUGGAACUUCUGCCCAACGCGCCUUGUAAAAUGAAUGAAAAUAAACCUGGUGCCUCACAGAAUCUUGCUUGUGUUUUUUGUCGAAAAAAUGAUGACUGUCCUAAUAAAUACGGAGAAAAGAAAACUAAUGAGAAAUGGAAUCUCACUGUACAUUACUAUUGUUUGUUGAUGUCAAGUGGAAUUUGGCAGAGAGGUAAAGAAGAAGAAGGAGUUUAUGGUUUUCUAAUAGAAGACAUCAGGAAAGAAGUGAACAGGGCUUCUAAACUGAAAUGCUGUAUUUGCAAGAAAACUGGUGCUUCAAUUGGAUGUGUUGCACCCCGAUGUAAACGAAGUUACCACUUCCCAUGUGGACUUCAGAGAGAAUGUAUUUUCCAAUUUACUGGCAAUUUUGCGUCAUUUUGUUGGAAACAUCGGCCUGUUCAAAUAAUUACAUCUAAUAAUUAUAGAGACUCCUUACCAUGUACCAUUUGCUUGGAAUUUAUCGAGCCUAUUCCAACUUACAGCAUAUUACGAAGUCCUUGUUGUAAGAAUGCUUGGUUUCAUAGAGACUGUUUACAGGUUCAAGCAAUAAAUGCAGGAGUGUUUUUCUUUAGAUGCACAAUAUGCAAUAAUAGUGAUAUAUUUCAGAAAGAGAUGCUGAGAAUGGGAAUUCAUAUUCCUGAAAAAGAUGCAUCUUGGGAAUUAGAGGAAAAUGCUUAUCAAGAACUUCUGCAGCACUAUGAGCAUUGUGAUGUCCGAAGAUGUCGUUGCAAAGAAGGGCGAGACUAUAAUGCACCUGAUAGCAAAUGGGAAAUAAAGCGCUGUCAGUGUUGUGGUUCUAGCGGAACACAUUUAGCUUGUUCCUCAUUACGAUCAUGGGAACAAAAUUGGGAGUGUUUGGAAUGUAGAGGUAUUCUCUACAAUUCAGAGGAUUUCCAAAAAGCCAAAAAACAUACAUUACCCAACACUAACAGUGUGGGAAUAACUGAUUGUUUGUUGGAGGAAUCAUCACCUAAAUUACCCAGACAGUCACCUGGAGCCCAGCAUAAAGAUCUACUGAGGCAAGGCAGUAAAUUUAGAAGAGACGUUUCAACAAUAAUGAUGGAAUUGGGAUUUCAAAUUAAAAAAAAAACUAAAAGAUUAUGGAUUAAUAAAGCCAAUAUCUGGAAUAGUGCCUUAGAUGGAUUCAGAAAUCAAAACUUUAAUCCUUCAUACACAAUUGAAGUAGCAUAUAUCAAUGAAAAUGAUAAUUUUGGAAGAGAGCAUCCUGGAUCAAAGCAAGAAUUCCUAAGUCUCUUAAUGCAGCAUCUUGAGAAUUCACCAAUAUUUGAAGGGUCCUUGUCAAAGAAUUUGUCUCUAAAUUCUCAAGCUCUGAAAGAGAAUCUUUACUAUGAAGCUGGCAAAAUCCUUGCCAUUUCUUUGGUUCAUGGUGGUCCUUCACCUGGUUUCUUUUCUAAAACCUUGUUUAACUGCCUUGUUUAUGGACCAGAAAAUACCCAACCAAUUUUAGAUGAUGUUUCAGACUUUGACGUGGCACAAAUUAUAAUCAGGGUAAAUACUGCAACAAAUGUGGCUGACUUAAACUCAGUAGUAAAUGAAUGCUAUAACUACCUAGAGCUUAUUGGAUGUCUAAGACUUAUAACUUCAUUAAGUGAUAAAUAUAUGUUGGCAAAAGACAUACUAGUUUACCAUGUAAUUAAGAGAGUCCAAGCACCCUUUGAAAGUUUUAAGCAGGGUCUGAAAACUCUUGGUGUUUUGGAAAAAAUUCAGACUUACCCGGAAGCCUUUUAUAGCAUCUUCUGUCAUAAACCUGAGAAUCUUUCUGCAAAAAUUCUUAGUGAUCUUUUUACAGUAUGCACAUUAUCUGAUGUACAGGCUUUGGGAUUUUGGAACAGUUAUUUACAGGCUGUUGAGGAUGGUAAAUCUGCAAUAACAAUGGAAGACAUUCUUAUUUUUGCAACUGGUUGCAGUUCCAUUCCACCUGCGGGAUUUAAACCCACUCCUUCAAUUGAGUGCCUUCAUAUGGAUUUUCCUGUUGGAAACAAGUGUAAUAACUGUUUAGCUCUUCCAAUCACCAAUACAUAUCAAGAAUUUCAAGAAAAUAUGGACUUUGCCAUAAGAAACACUCUAAGACUAGAAAAGGAAGAAAGUUCUCACUACAUUGGACAUUAAAAUGUUUUGAACAAAGAAGUGCUUCUUUACAAGCUGCUAUUGAUACUUUUUGUUUCAGAAAUCUGUCCAUUAUUUGAACAAACUUGUCAGCUUCUUGGCCCAAUAAAAUUUAUAUGAACAUAAAGGAAUGUUUUGGCCACUUAAGCUAAAAAAAUUUUUUGUUAACGUGUACCAGUCAAAGUGAUGAUACUUUUCUAUUUUCUUAAUAUACACGUGUCAUAAACUUUAAUAUAAAUAGUUUUAAAACAGCUGUACAGACUUUUUUCAAGUAUAAUAGCAUGGUAUAUAUAUUCACUGUUUCUGCAAAUUAGCAUUAGCUAUAGGAUGCCACAAUGAUUUUUCUAGUUUUAUAUAAUUUUCAAAUUAUUUUAUUUUAAAGCAUUAAAUAGAAAAGCAAAUUGAUAAAUCCUGUUAUAUAAAUCAAAGGCAUAUAUUCUGGGAUAUGUGUUAUAAGUAUUUUUUCUAGGAUGGCUCUAAAUUGGAUAAAAAUAUUUUUAGAUUACUGUUUUAUGUUUAAACAGACCCACACUGCAAUUAGAUUAUGCCUAAUGGGAAGUAUUAUAUGAAAA